AUGGAGACCUGGAGCAAAGAGAUGUCAGCCUUUUUCCUCAGGAUGUAUGAGGUGGAACUCCCAUCCUUGCUCAGGGAACUCACAGUGACAGAGGAGGACUCCCAAUCUUCACUUACUCACCUCCUGAAGAAGAAGAAAGAAGCCCGAGAGAUGGAAAAGACUCUGGCAGAGAAAGAUGAGGCCUUCAGGGAGAGGAUUAAAGUCAUCGCUGACCGGUGGAGGGACCUGCAUGCUGAGAGAACCCAGCUGAAAGCCCUCAUGGAGAGAUCUGGAGGGACUGUACAGGAACAUGAAGAGUUAAGAAUCCAAGCUCUGAAAAUAAUCAGCAAACAGAGAGAGGAGAAAAUGAAAAAGGAUGGUGAGCUUUUGAGAGCCAAGAUGGAACUGGAAACCCUCAGAAAAAAACACUGGAAUCUCUGCAAAAAAGUGCAGAAGUAUUCCAUCUUCAAGAAAUACCUGGAGGAUGUGGUGAAGGUCUCACAGUUUGAGGACAUCUCAGAAGUCAUUUCACAGUACAACUUGCUGGUGAGGACACAGAAGGACCUUCUGCAGUCACAACAGGGGUACAAGCAGCUGACUGAGCAAGACAAGGUGUUCCUGGAGCAGUACAAAGCAGAGAAAGAAACUGAGAUGCUUCAGUACAAAAAUGAGCUGAUGCAGCUCAAACUACGUUUUGACCAGGCUCAACGUGACAUCCCCCUCUGGGAGGCUCACUGGGCUGACAUCCAGAACAGGACUUCCAAGAAGACUGGGAAGCUGUGGACUAUCAAGCUGGCCAUCCAGAACCUUUUCCACACAUGCGUGCAAGCAGAGUGGAAUGUGUUGGAGUGUAACAGCCACAGACAGCUGAACAUGAUACAGCAGUUUAUCCAACACCUUAAAGACAUCCAGUUCUACGCAGGAGAUGUUGCUACACCUCUGAAGACAAAAGGGAUGUGGCAGCAUGACCUGUCCUGCCAGUGA